UGCUUUCUCCCCACUGUUCUCAGAAGCUGUUAACUCCGCCGUAAGUAUGCGGCAGAGCAAAUGGCUUCCCAGGGUGGCCGAGCCCUGGAAAGAAAAGCCCGUGUGCCUGUGUAGUGCUCCGCUAUAGGGCUGACUUGGACAUUACUGAACUCCCAAGAUUUUAAGGGAUGCUUGGUAAAGCAUGGUGGCGCACGAUGAGAUUGGAGGUCUCCUACCUAUUAAAAGGACUAAACGAGUCCUCGAUGUUAAUAAUCAGUCCUUCAGAGAACAAGAGGAACCAAGCAAUAAAAGAGUUCGACCUUUAACUCAAGGUACAUCCUUGGCAAAUUUAAUCUCUCCUGUGAGAAAUGGAACAGCCAGAUGCUUUGGUCAUACAGUACAGCCAUUUACUCGUCAUGGUGACAGCAGAUCCCCAGCUUCUGCCCAAAAGUCAUCAUGCAGAUCGACAGUUCCAACGCCUGCCAAAAGGAGAAGUAGCGUCCUGUGGUCAGAGACGUUAGGCGUCAACAUUAGAGAGUCUUUAACUGCCAAAGAAAUCAAACGUCAGGAGGCAAUAUAUGAAAUGUCCCGAGGUGAACAGGACUUAAUUGAAGAUCUCAAACUUGCAAGAAAGGCCUACCAUGACCCCAUGUUAAAGUUGUCUAUCAUGUCAGAAGAGGAACUCACACAUAUAUUUGGUGACUUGGAUGCUUACAUACCUUUGCAUGAAGAUUUGUUGGCAAGAAUAGGAGAAGCAACGAAGCCUGAUGGGAGAGUGGAGCAGAUUGGUCACAUUCUUGUGAACUGGUUGCCAGGCUUGAAUGCCUACAAAGGCUACUGUAGUAACCAGCUGGCAGCCAAAGCUCUUCUUGACCGAAAGAAACAGGACCCAGGAGUCCAGGACUUUCUCCAGCGAUGUCUUGAGUCUCCCUUCAGCCGAAAACUAGAUCUGUGGAGCUUCCUCGAUAAUCCCCGAAGUCGCCUAGUCAAAUACCCUUUACUGUUAAAAGAAAUUCUUAGACAUACUCCAGAGGACCACCCUGAUGUUCAGCUUCUGCAGGAAGCUAAAUUUUACAUUUUCCUGUUUCAAGACAUCUUGGUUUUGACUCGGCCUGUUACACAAAAUGAGCGUCACUCUUACCAAGUUUACCGACGACCAAUCCCCAUCCAAGAGCUGGUCUUGGAAGACCUGCAGGAUGGAGAUGUGAGAAUGGGAGGGUCCUUUCGAGGGGCUUUCAGCAGCUCACAUAAAGCUAAAAAUAUCUUUAGAGUUGGCUUCCAAGACCCCUCUCCAGACCAGUCUCACACUCUGCAAGCCAAUGAUGUGUUCCACAAGCAGCAGUGGAUCAACUGUAUUCGAGCCGCCAUAGCCCCUUUCCAGCAGGCCACCAGUCCAGCCGAGCUGCAGGGUUUGCCCGGGUUCCAUCAGGAGUGUGUCGAGAACAACCCCUCCGCUGGGAAUGUCAAAACCCAGAGAAGGGCAUCUACAGCAUCCAGUGUGACUCAGGUCGAAGUUGAUGGGGACGCUUCAGCGUGUCUCCCCUGCGUGCACCACAGACGACAUGAAGAGUGUCAGAGCGCACUGAGCACAGCCUGGCUUCCCAAAGCCAAGGGACAAAUCUCCAUUGGGUGUUGAAUGGAAAGAGACUUCAGUAUAAAGGAAGUUCUGUGUAUUACUGGUGCAGAGCCUGUUUAUUUAUAAAUGUAUACAGUUUGGGUUUUCUUGAAAUGUGAGCAUGGGAGCGUUGCAGGGUUACUUAAUACUAGUCUUAACAUUUUCUGUUUUAGUUCUUUUUGUGUUUUUUAAUGGCAGCUAAAGAUACAUAUACAGAUUACUGUUAAAACUGCAACCUUUUUUAAAGAUACAUUCUCAUAAUUUGGAACAUGCAAGCCUGAUAUUUUUAAUCAAAUGAAAUAUUUAUGGAAUGAGUUUCUUCUUCAUUCUAAAUUCAUCAGGACUUUCCAAUAACUGCCUGUUGUGAUAUUUACAAUAUCUACCAAACCUUAAAAUUUUGCAAUUACUGGGAUUUUAUCAGUGUUUCUUUGAUAAACUGUGUGUGCAGAAUUUGAAAUUUUAACAUUGGCUCCUAAAAUCUACACAGAAUACAGGUGUGUAAUACAUUAAAAUUUAUACUGAAACGUAAGUUCCUUUUGAAACAAAGUAUAAAACUUUAUACAGAUUUUCCAUUCUAUCGACUGGAAUACUUUAUAUUAGUUUUUGUCACUACACAUUCCUCAUUUUCAUUCCCUUAACCUGCCAAUUUUUUAUUUUUGUUAAAUUAUGAAGUAUUUUUUAGUAUUUGCUUUAUUUAUUUAUUUUUUACUUUGUCACCUUUUCAGAUAGCCUUUAUUUUUCCCCAUUA